AUGAGGGAUCUUUCGGAUCAUUGCCCGAUUUGGAUCAAAUUUGAUUCUUUGGAUUGGGGUCCGAAGCCGUUUAAGUUCCUCUCUUGUUGGGUCAAGCAUGAUGAUUUUUAUUCUUUCACUGAAAAGAGUUGGAAUGAGAUUCAUGUCUGUGGGAAAACGAUAUUUUGUUUCAAAGAGAAACUUGAAUUUUUAAGGGCCGCGUUGAGGAAUUGGAAUAGAGAAGUUUUUGGAAUCCUAAAUCUUGAAGUGGAAGUGGCAAGAAAGGAUUUUAAUUCUCUUGAUGACUUAGCUUUCGAUGGUAGUUUAGUGGAUUUAGAAGAGUUGGCUUUAAGGCGGUCGGUUGCUUCCUCCAAAAUGUGGGAAACUCUUAAUUUCAAGGAAAGCAUUCUUCGUCAGAAGGCUAGGGUGUUAUGGAUGGAAGAGGGGAAUUCUAAUUCCAAGUUUUUUCAUAAAAUGGUUAACAUUAGAAUAAGACGGAAUUCUUUUUUGGGUCUAAACACUCCAAGGGGGUGGAUUGACCGAGUAGAUUUGGUGAAAGAGGAGAUCAUGAACCAUUUUCAAAGUAGAUUUGCGGAACCUUUGGCUUUUUGA